AUGUUAAAAAGGGUCGCCUCUGUUGGAAGCAAAAAUAAUAAACUUGUCCGUAGACAUUUGUUGGACGGGCGACUCUAUCAAACUGCCUUCUUCAACACAACAAAGCCAAGUCUUUCAUUGAAAAAAACACUGGGAGUUGAUUCAAAAUUACAAAAGGAAGCUGAUGAAGUUUCUUCGGCAACUAUCGCUGAAGAGCUUGAUGAUAUACAAAUGGAAGCUGAUGCUAAGGAUUUUGAUACUGAAGUCUUGGAAGAAAUUUACUCUGGAGAAUUGUUCGACGCCUAUAGCAGAAUGUCCUUGUUAGUUAAAAGAGAAAAGAAGCAAGGAGAUGUUCCUUAUGCUGAAGAACCAUCUCUUGCUCCAAACUUCUCUGACGAGUUUGCAUUGGAAGAUGCCGAUGCUGAUAAUGAUGCAGACUUCAAUGACGCAAAUACAUUGUUGGAUGCUGAAGAAACUGUAAAGGAAACCGGAGAAGAAGAAGAUUAUGAAGAUAUAGACGACUAUGAAGACGUUGAAGAUAUAAAUCCACACCAACAAGCUAUGGAAGAUAUGGCUCUCCUCCUUGAAAAGAAUGACCUAUUGGGUUUAACUGAUGCAGAUGUUGCUGAAAUGACAGCAGUGGACCAAGAAUUAGAUACUUUUGAUGUUUCUGAAUUUGAUAUUCAUGCUAAACUUGUAGAUAGAGUUUCUACCAUCUCACAAAAAGCACCAAAGCAAGUUAUGAAUGCCACAGUCUCGGAAAACGCUAAGGAUGUUUCCAAUACUAUUAGCGAAGUUGGUAAACUUGUUCAAGAAAUGUCUCCAAUGAUUAGUGUUGCUAUUGGUUCUCUUGAUAUGACUGAUAAUAAUGCUGCUCAAGAUCCUCAAUUUGUUAACCAAGCAAACAAGAUUAAUGAAUUGGCCAAGUACUUGAUUUAUACUACCUUGAUGAGAGAAAAUCCAAAGGAAAUUUCACCAGAACUUGCCAACUCUGCCAAGAGAUUUGGUAUUGAUAUUAGUGCUCUUCAACAAGAAGCUGCUUCUGGUAAGCAAAUUGCUAUUCCUUCUAUUUUACAACAAGAAUCAAGCACUUCCUCUUCGGAAGAAUUUUCUUCAUCUGAAGAAGAAGAGGUUAGCAAGGAUAUUUUGAGUAUUCCAAUGAUUGAAGAAAUUCAAAAGGAAGCUGAAUUGGAACAACAAGCUGAAGUUGCUAAGGCUCUUGCUAUUGAACAAACCUUAGCUGUCAGAGAAGCUGAUGAAGUUGUUGAAGAAUCGGAAGAAGCUGAAGAAGAAGAGGGUAUUGAUCUUUUCGAUGAUGAGGAAUAUCCAGAAGAAGAAGAUGAGGAUCAUGCUAGAGAAAAGGAAGAAAAGGAAAUUAAGGAAAGAUACAACUCUCCAGAUUUGAGCUUAAUUUCUCAAUUUAACUUGCAAAUGGGUGAUGCUAAAGUUGAAGAUGUUGUUGAAGAAGAAAGAGGAAAGCAAAGACCAGACGCUACUGUCAAAUUCCCUAACUUUAGAAACAAGCCACAAUUCAACAAUAGAGAAGCUAUUCCAGAUUAUAUUCACGAACAAGAUAUUACCAUUUCUCAAUAUUGUAAUGUCUUUGAUGCUGCCAAACAAUUCGGUAUUGAAGUUGAUGAAGAUGCCAUGUUGCCAGAACUUGACAGUUUGACUCAAAGUGAAAAGGCUGAUUUCAUUGAAAGACAACUUGAAAUUGCUACCAUGCCAUUCCAAUCUGUUCAAGCUCAAAGAAAGGAAAUUAAGGAAAGACAAGCUCAAGAAAAGGGAGAAAUUUAUCAAACUGAAGUUGAUCAAUUUAUGGAACAUUUGAAUGAUCCUAUUAUUCAAUCACUCACAAUUGAUGAAGAUGAAUUGUUGGAAGAUGAUUUAGAAAUUCAAGCUCAAUUGAAGGAAGAAAGUGAAGAAGUCUUUGAAGUUGAUUCUUUCCUCGAUGCUGUCAUUCUCAAGCAAGAUAAUCCAUACGAACCAUUCAUGCUUGCUACUCAUCCACAUCUCUUUGUUGAAGGUUCAACUCAUUUGAGAGAAACUGAUGUUGGUAAGAUUUUCAUCAUUUCCCCAGAACAUCAUAAGAAGUACUUUGGUGUUACUGGUACUGGUGGUGAUUUGGAUAAGUCAUUCGAACAAAUCUUACAAAGAGGUUUGCUUGUCAGAGAACCAGUUUUGCCAAUCGUUAACGAAAUUCAAAGCUUGUCUAAAAAUAAGAAGAAGUUGACUACUGAUCCAGGAUACUUGCUUAUGGGUAUUCAAGGAAGUGGUAAAUCUGCUUGUUUGGCCACCUGUGUUUUCAAUGCUUACACUAAUGGAGUUUUGGUUGUUCAUAUUCCAUCUGCUUAUCACUGGACUCAAGGAAUUCACUUUGUUGAACCAUCACCUGUUUUGCAAGGAUACUUUGAUGCUCCACUCCCAACUAGAGACUUUUUGAAGGCAUUCAUGACUGCCAACACUGAAAUUUUGAAGGGAAUGAAGUUGAGCAGAGAAUAUACUCUUCCAUUAGAAUCUGGUCAAAAGGUUCCAACGACGCUCUACGAAUUGUGUGACUAUGCUCUCCUUUCUGAUGGUAAUAUUUCUGUUGUUUUCAAGUUUGUUCUUGAUGAACUCAUCAAUGAUAAGACAACUCCAAUGCUCUUUGCUAUUGAUGAUUAUAAUUUCUUACACGACUAUACAUGUUAUCAAUAUGGUAACCUUGACGAUUUCACUACAACUGUUCCACAAAAGGUACAUGCUAAGAAUUAUACAUUGGUGAGAGCCUUGUCAAGAAUAAUUCAACAAAAUGCUCCAAACAAGCUCAUUGUUGCUGCUAACACAAAUAAGAAUAAGACACCAAAUAAGGUUUACCUCAUGGAAGAAAACGUUUUGGACCCAGUUUAUGUUUCAUCUAGAUACUCAUACCCAGAACUUGAAAACAUUGUAGAAUAUUACCAAAGCUCUGCAUUUGUGUUCGGAAAUAAGGAAAACUUUAUGGAAGAUUUACUUUUCAUGUCAGGUGGUGUUCCACAAAGAGUUUUCAAGCACAUGUCUGUGUUCUAAAUCAGAAAAAUAAUAAAAAAUUUGGCUAUUUUAUGCAA